GAAUCAAAUAGCAUAAGCCCUAAUUACGCUGUUGAUCCCCUCGCUCCGUAAAUCGAAAUUGAAGCCCUGAAUUUAUAUUCUGCUCAAACGUGCAACUCCGGACAUAAUUCAAUUUGGAGACAAAAAUUAAGUACAUACAUCAUUUCAAGAAAUUAGGAUGGAUGUUCUUGGAAGUUGAAUCUAUUCGGUGAUUCGUAUCGAAUUUUUUUAUAUCUAUCGAUUGACAUAUUGUAUAUAUAGAUAGCUAAGGUAGACAAAAAUGCCUCAAGUGAAAAUUGUGGCGAGGAACUUUAUGGACAUGGUGGCGUCAUUGCCUGCGUUCAAACUCGACAAGCUUUACGAGAAUUCAUUCAUCUGUGAAGCCAUCCUCAGAUCUCUGCCUCCAUUGGCGAAGAAAUACGUGCUGCAGAUGUUGUACAUAGAAGGACCAGUGUCUGCAAAGUGGUUGGAAGAAUGGGUUCUUCCCGAUGGGGUCUCUAAGCAUAAAGUAGCAGUCGAUAGAUUGAUUCAGCUCAGAAUCCUGACUGAAACUAUCGAAAGAAAGAAAGAAACUACUUACCUACUUAAUCCGACAUUUCAAAGUAAUCUUCAGAAGCACAUAGUGCAUGGUGGUGUUUUACCUAGAGAACCGAUGGCUUCAAAUAUCACCGUGAGGCUUCCUACAUUGGAGGAUUUAGAUGCUUAUGCCGUUCAACAAUGGGAGUAUUUCUUGCUGCACCUUAUCAACUCUACUGAAGCGGAAAAGUCAACAAACAUUAGCUCUUCCAUGAUGAGAAUAUUCCAGCGCGGUCUUCUGAAUCAAAAAGAUGAUAAAGAACCUGCAAAAUUGACCGAAAGUGGCUUCCAAUUUCUGCUGAUGGAUACGAAUGCGCAACUUUGGUACAUAAUCAGAGAAUAUAUAACAAACUGUGAGGAGCACGGUGUGGAUACAGCUGAUCUUAUAUCAUUCUUGCUAGAGCUUAGCUUUCAUGUUACCGGCAAGGCAUAUAACUUGAACACUUUGUCGGAUAUACAACGGAAUAUACUAAAGGAUCUUACCGAUUUGGGAUUGGUCAAACUCCAACAGGGCAGGAAGGAAAGUUGGUUCAUUCCUACUAAAUUAGCUACCAAUCUCUCCAUUAGCUUAGCGGAUACAUCAUCAAGAAAACAGGGAUUUGUUGUUGUUGAAACAAACUUUCGGAUGUACGCUUAUUCAACAUCUAAACUACAUUGUGAGAUCUUGCGCCUAUUCUCAAGGAUCGAGUACCAGCUUCCUAACCUCAUUGUUUGUGCAAUUACAAAGGAAAGUUUGUCUAAAGCACUUCUUAAUGGCAUUGCUGCAGAUCAGAUAAUAUCGUUUCUACAGCAGAAUGCUCAUCCUCGUGUCGCUGAGAGAACACCGUCUGUACCAGAAAAUGUUACUGAUCAGAUAAGGUUGUGGGAAUCGGAUUUGAACAGACUCGAGAUGACGCCUGCUCAUUUUUACGAUGAAUUUCCAUCCAGGGAUGUCUUUGAGGCUACUUGUGACUUUGCGCGAGAAUACGGGGGUUUACUGUGGGAAAAUUCUAAGAAAAUGCGUCUUGUGGUGAAGGCGGAAAUUUUCCCGCAUAUGAAAGAAUUUCUUCGUAAGCAAAAGCAGUAGAGCAUCGUUGAGCCCGGAUAGUUUUCCUUGUUGAUUUGUUCCUGGUCACUAAACUCGUCUUACCAUGAUAAAUGAUGUGUUGGUUUCACGGUAUAUGUUUCGUAGUUCUUAUACUCCUGUUUUCAUUGUUGGAAUGUUGUAAGAUUGAAGUCGGAAGUAUAUAUAGAAUAAUCAUAAAUUUUGAUUCCCGAUGUUAUGA